AUUCUUCAUCUCGCGUCAAGACCAGGCAAUCGAGUGCACCGGUCGCUCGUGUCCCCGAACCAAGCAGCCACCCUGCGUUCUGCGUAACCCGAGGAGCAGGGAUCCCCUACGAAUCCAUUGGCGCUGUUGCUUGCCAGCUUACGCCCGCCCACCCACCGCAACAGACAAUCCAUGCGGACGCAAUGGCCGAUCGAAAACCAGGACCGAAGAAUGGCGUGCCCAAGCCUGGCGCGGAUGCCAAGAGGGAGAAUGGACGGGAGGAUGGCAAGUCUCCUAAGAAGAGGCGCAAAGUGAACCAUGCCUGCGUGUAUUGUCGCAGAUCCCACAUGACCUGCGAUCUUGAACGCCCGUGCACACGUUGCAUCAAACGAAAUAUUGGCCACCUCUGCCACGACGAGCCCCGAGAAAGCGAGACCAAGAAACCAAAGGCCGCCUCGACGUCCCACUCGCGCCAUCCUCUACCGCCGCCGCCGCCUCCACACCCCGAUGACAACGUGAUAGACACGCCGUCCGAGAUGGGGAGGAGCAGUAUCUCGAGCAACAUGGGCCCGCCACCCACGACAUACGACACUGGCCGGCCGAGGACGUCGAGCGGUGGAUUCGCAGGAGGGGCGUUGCCAGCAUCGCUACCUAUUGUACAACCACAGCAACAGGCUACUGGUAUGCAGGGAAGGGAUGAGGGCAGCGGAAGCAACUCCAAUCAAUUUGCAGGUUUCUCCGAUGCAUGGAUGACGGCCCAGAACUUUGAGGGCAUGAACAGCUUCAACCCAAAUUACAUGAUCACGCCCGAGGUCACUCACGAAUUCAACCUCCUCAACGAUUUCUUACACACGAGUUUGCUCGACGACAAUGGCAUACCGCCUGACGAGGCACAGCAGGCGUUUCGACGCGUGCCCAACCAGGACAUGCUGCCUCAGUUCCUGACAGGCAGCGCGACGCAGGCCACGGGCAAGACCCCCACGGGCGCCAUGCUGCCACCCCCGACGGUGGAUGGGAAAAUGACCAAUAAGCCGGGCAGCGCGCUGCUGGGCGAUAAGGACAAGACGCGAGAGUACUAUCUGCAGGCCGCCGAUCCUUCAGGAAACGACAACCCCGAGGAACGCAUGGGCCGCGUGCUCCGCGCCAAGUACGACGCUGGCCUGUUGAAACCGUUCAACUACAUUAAUGGGUACGCGCGGCUGGGCAAAUACCUCGACGGGCAUAUCGCGCCUUCGUCGAAACAAAAGAUUCUACGCACCAUGACACAGUUCCGACCAAAGUUCCGCGAGAAGGCGCAGGGCUUGACAGACAUGCAGCUGGUCUAUGUCGAGAUGUGGUUCGAGCGGCAGCUGAUGGACUAUGACCGUGUGUUUGCGAGCAUGGCCGUGCCCGCGUGUUGCUGGCGACGCACGGGCGAGAUCUUUCGCGGGAACAAGGAGAUGGCCGAGCUGAUCCACGUGCCGGUGGAUAAAUUGCGAGAUGGCAAAAUUGCGUUGCAUGAGAUUUUGACGGAAGAGAGUAUGGUGCGUUAUUGGGAGGAGUUUGGCACAAUUGCAUUUGACCCCGCGCACGAGACGCUGCUUACGGCGUGUUCGUUGAAGAGUCCGGACGACGGCUCGGAUCAUCCUGUGGUGAAAUGCUGCUUCUCCUUUACGAUCAAAAGAGAUGAGCACAAGUUACCGGCGCUCAUUGUUGGGAAUUUUCUGCCGCACGAUCCGCCUGCGCAGGUGUAAGGGGGUAGUAGGCUUAGACUUUUUGCCUGCAUAGCGAGGGCGCGCGCUUGUACCUUAGACCUCCUGGUGGUCAAUUUGCAUUUUCAUUUCUUGGAUACUUCCUCAAUUAUUUUUCCAUUGGAUGCCUUGAUUAUGAGG